AUGCUGGCCUACCGAAGACAAAUAUGCCACAAGCACAUAGAACCAAUAGCCGAUACCAGCAGCAGCAGCAGCAGCACCAGCCCGAGCCGCCUGGCCUUCACCAUCAUCGAUAGCCCACGCAUCAUCCUCGAGAACCUCCCACUCUGGAACCCCAACCUCACUGACAAGCUUUUUCUUGAGCUUGUCGGCAAGUUUCAAAAGGCUAGGAAGCUUGAAGCUGCGAACAAAUUCGGAUCCCUCCGCGCUACCAAGGAACGCCACCCCAACUGGUUGGGCCGUAACACGUGCUUCGUCGUGGGUGAUGAUGUCGGCGGGGGAUAG